UAAUCCACAUAGAUGAAGCCAUUCAUUUACUCGGUACCAUUUUGCUUUGCAUAGCUGCCUUCACUGAACUACCUGGCCACAGAUGCGAUGAUCAGAUUGGAGCUGAACAGUACAAAAACCCCACUCAGACAUCAGGAGCACUGCUAGCCUGACCAUAGGUAAAUUAAAGUAUUAAAAGCAAUAAAUGGAAUGAAUCGCUUUAGUGCUUUCACUCCUCUUUGGACCCAUCAGAGCAGCCUGAAGGCAAUACCAUGGUGAGAAAACAACCCGCGUGCAUUCCUCGCCUCUCAAUAAUGCGGGAUCCCUGCCCACUGUUUCCAAAUCAUUGUCUUCAUCAUCACUCCAUCCAAAGGCAGGGAAGAUAAAUAUCCUGUCCUCAGGUGAGGGUGCUUUUCCCGAGCUCUGGACACUACUCAGAGAAGAUGAAGGCCUCUCUCCUUGCUGUGCUGGCUUUGAUCCUAUGUGCAGGUCAAGCAACUGGCCUGUAUUGCUACACCUGCGAGUGGGAGCAAAGCAACUGGAGCUGUCUGAAGGCCAAUAAGUGCUCAGACAAGGAUGAGUACUGUGUGACCAAUGUUGCCUCUGUAGGAGUUGGCUUUUUGUCCCUAUGGAAGAGGAUCACCAAGAAGUGCUCCGAGACCUGCCCACGCCACAACUUCCAGCUGGGCCUGGCUACCUACACCUCCUAUUGCUGCCAGUCCUUCUUGUGCAACCUGAGUGCGUGCCCAGGACCCAGGCUAGCUAAGGACUGAGGUGGUUUGGUGUCCCAUGCGGGUGUCCUUCUUCACCUGCUCAGUGAUGGUGGAACGAAGUGGCUCCUGAAGGCUUGAAGAGCAUGGUCAGAUCCCCCCAGGAGGGUAUGGACAUCAAACACACUGCAGAAUAGAUAAAGUAUUAUGGUCACCACGUCUUCCCUGUGCUGCUUCCCAACCUGUAGCUUCUCACUUGCUUCUCAUGCUUGAGCUCUGUCGCCCUGGCAGCUUGAUGGAGAAGUGAUCAUGCUAUGUCCUGCAGGCUGGGGGAGAGAGAUUCUGCUUCUGCUUGUCCUGCAGAUCCCUGUAGGGGUUUCUCCUGCAAUCUUCCUUAUCUUGGGUGCAUUUGGGAGUCACACAGAGAGGUGGGCAAAAAUAACAACCCUGCUGCACCAGCUCAGAAGGGAAACUGCAAACUCACAGGGUUGCUGCUGGGGAAGGGGAAAAGGCUGUC